AUGUCGCCGGCUAGGAAUCGACUGCUUGGGCUGGGGUGCGUCGCGUCUGCCAUCGCAGCUGAUCACUCUUCACCCAUACACCUACAGGAAAAGGUCGCAGAGUACAAGGCGAGCAUCAAGGCCCAGCUCACACGUGCAGGCCUCAUCCGCGGCCAGCCUCGCGCGGUCUACAGCUCCCUCACGUCCCCCUCAUCGGCCCUUGCUCAGUCCUCGACGUCAUCUUCAUCGCCACGGGCCGAGCACCCUCCGGGCUGGUCGGAGCGAUACCCAUCUUUCCCGCACGGACGCUCCUACGAGCCUUCGCGAUACCACCAUGCGAACACUGUAAUGUCCGCCAUGACCGGACUUGACGCAAUAAGUGCCGGCUCGGAGCUCUCCAUACCCUCUCCGUUCGUCACACCGAACAAUGCGUCCAAUCAGGCAUCGCUCCCGUAUAGCAACGAUAUCUCGUCCAUGUCUAGCACGUCGUCAUACCCACUAUUUCUUCAUACCCCUUCGUAUAUUUUGGCAGGAGAGCCACAAGGCCCGCUCGAACAUGCCAUUUGCGCACUCGCUAGUCUACAUUCGUCCAAGGCCAACGCCGCACAGCAUGGCUACAACGCAGCCACUGCCACCGCGGAGAGCUCUGACCGCGCUAUCGAUCGACGGUUCUACAACAAAGCGUACGUCAUGCUCAUGACCGCUACGGCCGCAGGUCGUCCAUACACCGAGCGAGACGCGGUGUCGCCGUAUACCUGA